AUGGUAGUAUUCCAUGAUGUCUUCCUCCUUCACUUGGACCCGCAUGCGCAGCUUCCUUUCCGUCUGCCGCUUCAGGCUUACCGCCACGAACCGCUUCAGGAACAGCGUCUUGAGCCCACGCACCUCUCUGUAGUGCGUUGCAUCGUCGUCCGUUUCGGCUACUUUGACCGUCUGGUCUUACCGGUGUUCCGGGCGGGUGUUUCUCGCAUCAAGGCCUACAAUCCAUUUGUAGACAGCAUCCUCGAGAGACACAUCAAUAGCCCUUGCAAGAUCGUUAUUGGACCAACGAUUAUGGCGACCAAUCCUUUCGAAACGGUGGGCUUGAAUCAUGAUCCCAAUCAGGAUCUUGGACAUCUUAAACUUUGGGAAGAUGCUGUAAAACAUCUGGAUUAUUCAACAAGUCUCAACAACACACCUAUUUCAGUAAAUAGACGUGCCAUAAUUACACAAGAAGAUCUUGAUAGUUGGGUGUUGAAUUUCCUCGUUGUUGACGUCUUACCAAUUUAUACCAUCGAGAAACCUGGUUUCAAACAACUAGUUAAUUGUCUGGCCCCGAAUCUAAAAAUGAUUGAAUAUCUCCACAAGGAAUAUGAAGUAGUUGACAAGCUGCGAGGAGCAACAACCGACAACGGUUCUAAUUUUUUAAAGGCGUUUCGGGAGAGUGGGAAUGCACCUGAUGUGCCAAAUUAUGAUGAUGAUGAUUUUGAACAAUCUGACGAAGAAGACAUGUUAUACUUCGAAAUUGGUGAAAUUAUUGACGGUAGAAUCACACAAGACUAUUUCGCUAACAAUGUGAAUCCCACUAUACCUAUGCACCGAAAAUGUGCCUGUCAUCUGUUGAGUUUGAUAGCGAAGGCUGACAUAUCAAAGAUUCAGGAUCACACAUUUCAAGAAUUGAGAAAUUCGCUACAAGACAAUGCGUCGAUUAUUAAAUGUCAAUCACUAAUCACUGGACUGCUUGACGCUAUCUAUGAGAGAUUUGAACACAUGUUCUCAGAUAAUGAGUUACGUUUGGCUACGAUUACCAACCCAUUUUUUAAGUUAUCAUGGUUGGAUAAUGAAGACGAUGUUCGUCGCGCAAAAACAUUUUCGGAUGAUUCAAGUGACGGGACCUCCUCUUCAGUAUCAGAUCCCAGUCCGGAGAAGAAACAGAGACGCGCGAAGGAUUUUUUUUGCCUCAAUUACUAA